GUACCAAAUCAUUUUAGAGGCAAAGUCAGGAUAAUCAUGAAGCUGGAAAACCUUGUUACAUUUGCUGUCCUAUUUGCUGUAUUUACAAGUGUAAGUGCUGAUGAUUCAAGGAGGCCACCCUCUCCUUCUUCUUGCCAUGAAAUAAAAAAAGCUAAUCCCAGAAGAGGGUCUGGCAUCUACUACAUGAAAAUUGAAAAUGAGGUCCUCCCCGUUUACUGUCAUAUGGAUCUAUUGUGCAAUUCCAAUGAUGGUUGGACUAGGAUUGCGAGCCUUAAUAUGAACGACAAGAGUCAGUCUUGUCCUUCUGGUCUUACGCUCUACACAUCUGGAAAUAUCAGAGCUUGUGGCAGGAGGAGUCGUGCACCAGAUGCAAGCUGUGACUCUACCAUAUUCUCUUCAAUGGGCAUAAGAUACUCGCAGGUUUGUGGUAGUGUCUAUGCAUAUCAAUAUAAUUCGCCUGAUGCUUAUGCUAUUUAUGCUGGAAAAACUAACAUUCAAUCUCGUAUUGAUUCUGCAUACAUUGAUGGUGUCAGUAUCACUCAUGGGACACCAAGGAAGCAUAUUUGGUCACUGAUGGCUGCACAGUCAGAAAAAGUAACAAGACAUACAAAAAAUUAUGUUUGCCCAUGCACUGCAGGUAAUGCACAACCAAAACUACCAAGUUUUAUAGGAUAUCAUACAACUGAUCCUCUGUGGGAUGGCAAGAAUUGUCGCAAUAAUGAAGUAAAUUGUUGCAAAGCACAUGGGCUACCUUGGUUUCAUAAGAAUCUUGGCUAUACCACUAAUGAUGAUAUUGAGCUUAGAAUAUGUGGAGAUCAGUCUCAAACUGAUGAGGAUGCUCGUGUGUUCUUUAUUGAUAUGUUUGUCAAGUAAAGAUUAACAUACAAAAUUUUGAAGAUUUUGUCGUAGAGGAAGAAAAUAUGUAGAUAAAUUAAGACAUUAAUUAUAAUUAUAAUACUUAUAUGAUUAUUGUAGUCAAUUUUGAACAAUCAA